AACAAACUAGCAAACAAGCAAUAACGAACAAUCUUGAAUUUUUCAAUAAUGAAUUCUAUACCGAAGUAAAUAAAACCAAUAUUUAAGUAAUUAUGAAUGGUGAUAUACCACCGGAGUCUCCUCGCCCGCCGCUAUGGGAGCGCUGGGGGUGCGCGCGCGGCGUGUGCGCGCGGCUGUGUCGGCGGCGCGCGCGCACGAGAGUCGCGCCGAUGCAUAACGGGAAUAGUAGUCUCAGGAGCCGUGAAUCCCGUCGCCGUAUCAACCAUCCCCCCUCCGCGCUAUACAGCGUGGUGGGAGAGAAACUGCGCGUGGGCACGCCGCGCGCGCUGCAAUGCGCUCUCUUCUGCGGAGGGCCGAGAUGCCAAUACGAGCUGCCACAGCCCGGGACGGCGAUACAGGGACUGUAUUCUGAUUGGGUUACCGACGACAUUCUGGCGAUGGCGCGCCCCAGCACAGCCAAUAUCGCCGCUAGGAAUAUUAUACAACAGUUCCACAGCUGGGGCAUUCGUACGGUGAUCAACCUGCAGACGCCGGGGGAGCACGCCAGCUGCGGGCCUCCGCUCACCAAGUCAGGGUUCACGUAUGACCCCACUAUCUUUAUGGCUAAUGACAUAUAUUACUACAACUUUGCCUGGCCGGACUACGGCGAGGCGAGUUUGAGCGGCCUCCUCAACAUGGCUAAGGUCUUAUCAUUCGCCCUUCAAGAAGGAAGAGUUGCCAUACACUGUCAUGCAGGUCUAGGCAGAACAGGCGUGUUGAUAGCCUGCUACCUGGUCUACUCGCUCCGCAUCAGAGCUAACGACGCCAUCCGGCUCGUUCGCAAGAAGAGGCCCAAGUCAGUCCAGACUUCUGGACAAAUACUCUGCGUGCAGCAGUUUGAGCACUAUAUACUGCCGCAGACAGUCGUCUUUAGUUCUAAGGAAACUUUAAACCUGACCAAAGACAGGAAGACCUCUGAGUUCACGUUAAAACAAUAUUUGUAUAGACAGCACGCAACGCUGCAUGGUCUGGAAGAAAGAGCCUUCAGGGAGCUGCCUAAAAUAGUGUACUGUCUCUGUGAACGCCUGCUAAAGCUGUGCGGUUGCAGCCAGAGCGUCGGGAUGGAUUUCCGAGUUAAGAACAAGCCGUUCUUCAAGUCCUUCAUGGUGUACAAACUGAGGAAGAGCAAGCCUCCCGAUCCCACCACACCGGAAGAAGCUGCCACGGAACUUGACCACAUAGCCUCACUCCCUAUGGUGGAGUGGCGCGACCCUGUGCAGGAAGACAUCGAGCGGAACCUGGAGACCGUCACCAGGAUCACAGGCACCUCCACCAACGGCAGCAUACCGGCCGUGCAGAUAUACGAGGCAUUCACAGUAGACCAUCAUAGUCUUCCAGAAGAAAGGCAAAAACAUUUAAAACAGUUGAGAAAUGACAUCAAUCAACACAGAGAGGCCUUUGAUAAGAUCAACUCAGAGAACGACCCUACAAUUCUAACAGGUCUGCUGUUCGAGUGGCUCGAAGGCCUAAAACAGCCUGUCUUGGACCGAGAAGACUUGUCUAUCAUCGUCGGCAGAGCUUACAAUGUGGAGUCCUGUAUACUGGCCUUGACUUUGGAAGAUAUAAUGCUGAUAGAGUACCUCCUUCGCUUCGUGACACGUCUGCGUCCGCUCGCGGCCAACAAGAAAGUGGACAUCCUGAAGAGGCUACUCGCCUCACUCACACAUCAAACUAUCGGUAUUAACGGACGAUGUCUUCCUACCCGCAAGGACUUCCAGAGACUAAGAGACGGCACAUGCAGCCAAGUGAUAAACUUCAUGCUGCGAAUGAUAGUCGAACUGCAGAAGGAUAUGAUGAAGCCAGGCAAAGAUGACGCUGAUGUGGUCGUGCCUAGCCGUAGGAUUAGGAUAAGAGCUUGGAAAUAAAUGGCAUUCAUAAAA